CCGUUCGUUCAUGCAAAGUUUACAUCCGGAACGAUUGGUCACAACAAUAACAACCACCACCACCAUGGCAGCAGCUGGCGCUGACAUGAAGCCCCUUCAGCAUGCCAUGAAAAUAGCUAAAGUGGCUAUACAAUUGGACGCAGGGAACCGACAUAAGGAAGCUUACUGUGAAUACUUGAGGAGUAUCAACUUCAUCACCCACUCACUUUUGGAGGAUGCUGUAUCUAGGCAGGGAGAGAUAGUAGAGGUGGAAAAGAUGUUGAGGCUGGCUGAGCAGUGUUUGGAGAGAGCCAAGUCCUCCUUCAUAGGAAGGAGAGAUGAACCUGCAACCCCUAUCUCCUACACGACACCUAUCAACUUGGCAGCACUCAGCCUGACCACAGCCUUAGCAGUAAGCCCUGGAAAGAUUGUUUCGCCACAACCACAAGAGCCGGUUAUUUACUCGGGGCCUAAAUAUAACCCCAGGCCUGGACAGCGCAAAGUUCUCUCUGAGGGUGGAGGGGAGGUCAUCACCUUCCUGUCCCCAGAAAUCUUCCAGAGUUUGCAGAUAGUGGAGUCGCAGGAUACCAGGAAGGAGCUUACACCCAUAGAGGAGGCCUCGCGGUUGAACCAGAAGUUGAAAGAAAAUUAUGAAGCUCGUCUGGCCCGACUCCCCCCUGCACAGGCCCGUACACAGAAGACUUCCCUGACACUCUCUCUUCAGAGGCAGAUGAUGGAGAACCUAAUCAUUGCCAAGGCCAGGCAAGAUGCUCUACAAAGGAAGAUGGAGGAGAGGAGACUGCGGCUGCAGGAGGAGGCCAACAGGAGAUUUGCCGCAUCUGGAACAAUUACUGCAGAAGAACAGGAGCAACGUGUUUUGUACACAAAUGUUUUGGAAUAUGAACAAGAUCAUGACUGGCCCAAGCUAUGGAAAGCCAACAUUAAGAAAAAUCCUGAUGAUUCCACAUUGGUGUCCGGCCUUGUUUCAUGUCUUCUCAGCUGUCCAGACCACCCUGUGAUGAUGUUACUGAAAAGGCUCCAGUACAGAGUUUACAACAGGCUCUACCCAAUCGUGAGUAAGAGUCUCCCUACAAGUCCUGCCCUGCCUAUGAAACCCUCCCACAGCGCCCAGAGCCUGUUGAUGUCAGACUCUCAUCAGAACGUGUCAAAAUCCGAAGUGGGCCACAGUAUGUCCUCCGAUGCCUCUCUCAAUAUCUCCUUCUCACAUGACCAUAUUGCUAACGAGGAGGAUAGUGAUGGGCCCCAUACACUGGACAGGGAGAAUUCGUUUGAGGAUCUGGAGCAGUUUCUGACACAGCUGGACUGGGCUCCAUCACAUGGGGACCCUGACGUGACCUUUGAACAGUCACAGUUGGAUCAGGAGGAGCCUCUCGUUCAAGACUUGGAGAUGCGUGAUCUCAAAGAACACCUCAAGGCUAUUGUGAAGGACAUCCAUAUUGCCAUUGAUCAACUGCUGUCGCUAUGUCUUCUCUCCUUUGAGUGUCUGAACACAGCCAGUUCUAAGGACCUGUGUGUGGCCAGCAUAGAAGAAGCCUUCUUCACUCCCCUCUGGAGCUCUUUGUUGGCUCUCUUCAGGAAGGUCCACAGAGAGAGGGAGCUGUCCUUUGAGUCCAGUAUGAGGCUGUAUCGGGAUGCCUCACCUGGUGAUGUUGGUGUCCCAUCGAAACUGUACCCCCAGGACCCUGUCAUGCUGCAUGGUUCCUACCCCUAUGACUCGGCAGUGCAAGAGCUUCGCUUGCUGUGCAGAGAUUGCUGUCCCCAGAGAAAGCUGGAGUGCAUUGUUCGAACGUUGCGUCUGAUCUGUGCUUGUGCUGAGGACUACUCCUGCCUUCAUGAGGCAGAAACCAAAACUGCAGCCAUUGGGGCAGAUGACUUGUUGCCCAUCCUCUCCUAUGUGGCUCUGCACUGUGAGCUGCCUCAGUUGGUGUCAGAGUGUGCUGCCCUGGAGGAGUUCAUUCAUGAAGGGUAUCUGAUUGGAGAGGAGGGCUACUGCUUGACCUCCAUGCAAAGUGCUCUGCAAUAUGUGGAGUCAUUGCACACAGGAGGAUUUCAGCUACACAACACUAAAUUCACCUGAUACAGGAUGAAGAUUUGUUUAGAACAGACAUAGAGAGCGGUUGGGGCAGUGUUGACCUGAUGGGUCUGUGUGCUGGAGGCCUGCCAGGUAGGAGGGGAGAUAGACACUGACGGUCAUAUGGCUGGAUUGUUCAGAGUGCUUCCGGACCAGAGGAGAAAACAUGCCAAUGCGAAUCAGGAGGAGUCCAGACAACCGCAGAGGACUAACUUUAAUGCAAAACUCGUGCUCAUUGUGUGUCCCCUUGAAUCCCUUCAAGUCCACUUACCUUGUCACACACAUGCAAGCUGAAAUCUCAGUCAGAGCUCGGAUCCUAUCAGGACCCAUUAUGCCGUAACAGACUACUCAGUCCCAGCCUCCUUGCCAUGAUACACUGCUCCAUUCCCAGACAGAUCCUCGCAACCCCACUUCCACCUCCCCUCAUAACAGCCUAUUACACGUACACACUCCGUGUGGUGCUGACAUCCAUUAUACACAGUCUAUAAAGCAAGAACACCCGAGUGGGCUCCCAAAUGGCACAAUCAAGGGUCUGGAAUCAAACCGGACCCUGGUUUGAUUCCAGGCUGUAUCACAACUGGCUGCGAUUGGGAGUCCCAUAGGGCAGGCCACAAUUGGCCCAGUGUCGUUUGGUAGGUUGUCAUUGCUAAUAACAAUUUGUCCUUAACUGACUUGCCUAUUUAAAAAGAAAUAAAACCUCUUUACAUGACAUGGACUGACUAGGUGAAUCUACAGUACACAGUUUCAUUGUAACCCUUGACAAACACACCUCAUUCAACUCAUUGAGGGCUUGAUGAUUAGUUGAAGUUGAAUCAGGUGUGCUUCUCCAGGGUUAGGAUUCAAAUGUGUAAUGUUAGUGUUACUGGAGGACCAGGGUAGGGAAACACUGGUGUAAGGUACAGGAGGAGCUAGAGGUGAAGCAGCGGAAUGUCUGUACCUCGGGUGGCCAGACCUGGGUUCAAAUACUAUUUCAAUUUCUUUUGAAUAAAUUUCUAAACAAG